AUAGUUCUGUGGUGCACCCUGCAGGCGGCAGUACAUACAGUAAAUCUUGCCGAGCAUCAAUUUAUAAGUAUAACAGCGAAGCCGAUCUGACUGUUUGUCACAAGGGAAACAUCAAUUAAGUGAAGAUGGCUUGGACGGGAUAUCAGAAGUUUUUAGCCCUAAUGAUGGUUGUCACUGGCUCCAUCAACACUUUGAGUACAAAUUGGGCCGAUCAAAUACAUUCCAAAGGUUCUGAUGGACAAGAGAGACUAUUUAAUCAUCCAUUUUUACAGGCAUCUGCAAUGUUUCUUGGUGAAAUAUUAUGUUUAUUGACAUUUAAAUUGAUUUAUUUUAAAACAAGAAAUACUGGUGGACAUUCUCUUACUCAAGGAAGUCAGAACUUUAAUCCCUUUAUACUUAUGCCUGCUGCUAUGUUUGAUUUGAUUGGAACAUCAAUAAUGUACAUUGGUCUCAACUUGACAUACCCCAGCAGCUUUCAGAUGUUUAGAGGAUCUAUAAUUAUAUUUGUAGCAGUCCUCUCGACAACAUUCUUAGAUAGAUAUAUCAUAAGACGUGAAUGGGUUGGAAUAGCAAAUGUAACAAUAGGCCUUGUUAUUGUGGGUCUUACCGAUGCUCUGUACCAAUCUCCCGGGGAGACUAAAGGGAGGAACAGUCUGAUAACUGGUGACUUGCUGAUUAUCGUCGCACAAGUCGUGUCUGCUUGUCAAAUGGUGUAUGAAGAAAAAUAUGUUUCUGGGUUGAACAUACCCCCUCUUCAAGCCGUGGGAUGGGAAGGGGUAUUCGGAUUCUCAGUACUGUCUGUUCUGUUGGUGAUAUUCUACUGGGUGCCAGCUCCUCCCCACUUCGGCCACAACCCGAGAGGAACUGUGGAAGAUGCUAUAGACGGUCUCAUACAAAUUGGAAACAGUCCAUUAUUGCUGUUUGCUGUGAUGGGCACAAUCGUGUCCAUAGCGUUCUUCAACUUUGCCGGGAUCAGCGUCACCAAAGAGAUGUCAGCCACUCAUCGGAUGAUAUUGGACUCCAUCAGGACGCUGGUGAUCUGGGUGGUGUCACUUGCCGUGAAGUGGCAAGUGUUCCACUGGCAGCACAUCAUAGGCUUUGCUAUUCUCAUCGCAGGGAUGUGCGAAUACAACGGCAUAUUGCCUCGCUGCUCCUUCAGAAGAGCCCCAGAAGACCAGGAUAGGGUGGUCAAUACUGAGGCAGAUAGGCUUGAAGAAGCCUAAAAGCAUUCUUUGAAAAAAAAGUACGUGUGUGCCGAGCACAAGAGUCAGAAAUGAAACUUCUUUGUCAAGAUUCAAAGGUACCAAAAUCGUAACGGCGUCAUAACGUGGUGGCAUUACCAUGACGCUACCUUGAAAUUUUACUAUCAAAGCGCUUAAAAAAGUUUGACUUCAAAAAAAAAUUUAUGUGCUCUGCACACAUGACUUAUUGGCAACCGGAGAAUGGGUAUUAUGUAUACAAUGUGGUUGAGUCCCAUUAACCCGAUCCCUGUUUAUGAUCGCGCUUUGACUUGUCUCUCUGUUGGUCAAACAAAUAAAAUACCAAUAUGAUUCUUUGUAAAACCAAGGUUUGAGGUCCAAUAUUUUGAAAAAAUUGUGUUGAACAUUUUUAGUACCUGGGUGUUCAUUUAAAUAAUAUAUCUUCAACAUUUUUUUUAUUUAAAGAUUAGUUUUUUUUUUCCAUAGAAUAAUCUCUUUCGUGAGGGACUAGAUGACCUGAUAUAAAACGUCUGUUGCUUAAUUGUUUGCUCAAGAUUAAAAAUAUAUUUUUUAAGCAUUAUAUCUAUCGCGACUAGUUAAGCUAUAAAUGUGAAUUUAGUAUUACUGAAAUUAUUUUCAUAUCAUACUAGGAAAAUAGCAAAGAUUUAUAUCAUAAAGGAGUUAUACAUUAUAUUUAUAAAAUUUUAUUGCAAAUUUUGUAUGCACCAUUUGUAAAAAAAGUUUUAUAAGUAUUAAUUAAGUGCUAUGCUCAUAUAUUAAGAUGCAAUUAUUCCUGGCGCGAAGUUUCUCUUAUUGGAGCUAGCGCGCAAGAGCAACUUUUGUCUCCGCAACUAUUUUGUCUCUCCCAUCAACUCUAUGGGGAGUUGCGUCGCUACGUGCGCGCACUUUCAUACUAGCCCAUAGGUGGGAGAGACAAAAUAGUUGCGGAGACAAAAGUUGCUCGUGCGCGCUAGCUCUUACAUUUUAAUGUUGGAGUCUAUUGAUAUCUUACUUUUUCCUUUUUUAAUUUUGUAUUUUGUACAGAUAGAUAUUUACAAACUUUGAUAUUGUUGUUAAAUCUCAAUAUUUUUAUAUUAAAACUCACUUACACUGACCAGUGAAAAGUGAUUAUACUAUACGUUUAGAAGUAAUGGUGCGUAUUAGUUAUGUACAAAAUAUUAUUGUAGUAUUUAGUAGAACAAUUUUAAUUCAACUGUGAUUAUCCUUCAAAUGUUUAAAAUGUAAGUCAUAGUACCUUGUAAUUAUCAGUUGAAAAUGAUUAAAUAAAAUAAAUGGAAUAUGAAAUUAA